AUGUCUUCUAAAAAAAUCAAGUACUCAUCGAGUUUUCAGAAGGCAUACACGGAGGAGUUUCCGUGUAUUAUUUCGUCAAGGAAAGGCAACACGUUUGCCAUGUGCGUCGUGUGUCAAACUGAUUUUAACGUGGCUCAUGGUGGAAGAUCGGAUGUUGUGAAACACGUCUCAACUCUAAAACAUAAAGAUAAAGUGAAGAUUGUUGAUCAGAAUAAAAAACUGAAUCUCUUUUCCCAAUCUAAGGACCAAAGGGUGAUAAAUGCGGAAUGCCUCUUUUCCGCAUUUUUAGUCGAACACAAUCUUCCUUUGAGCGCUUCGGACCACGCAGGUUCUUUAUUCCGCAAAAUGUUUCCGGACAGCGAAAUUGCCAAAAAGUACUCCAGCGGAAGAACCAAAACAACUGCAAUUGUUAAGGAAAUGGGCAUGAAGUAUAAAUCAGCAUUGUUGGAUCUCAUUAGAACUGCUCCAUUCUGUAUGUCUACAGAUGGCAGCAAUAAUACAGAUUCAAAACUGUAUCCAGUUGUUGUUACCUGCUUUAACCCAGUUAAAUCGGAAAUCGAAUCCAAUUUGUUAACUGUUCCAGCUCUUGAAGGGGAUUCAACUGGGUGUAAUAUUGCCCAACUAAUUAUUAAGGUCUUAAAAGAAAAUGAAGUUCCCUUUAAUAAUUGUCUAGCUUUUGGUGCAGACAAUGCACCUGUAAUGAUAGGAGCAAAGGCUGGUGUUGCAGGCAUAUUAAAAAACGAAAAUUCAAGUCUACACGUAGUAGGCUGUGUCUGCCACCUAAUUAAUUUAGCAGCUGAGAAAAGUGCUGCUUGUUUGCCAGUUCAAAUUGAUGAGAGUAUUGUAGAUAUCUAA